UGCAAAGCUACUACAGUUUGCUAGGUUUGAGAGAUGAACACUGAUAUUUCACUCAUGUCUCGGAUCACCACUGAUAGUGAUGGGGAUACCAUGACCGUCAGUUCCACAACCCUACAAUCCACUGAAUGGAAAGAGGUUCUCAACUCUAAUUCUUCUCAGACGUUGAAGUUUGGCGGCUGUCACCAGAAAGACCCUCCGUUUAAUAAGGUGCGGAAUUUCACUGACAACCAUUUGGGAUCUCCACCUGGCAGUAAGAACCUGAUGGAUGAGCUCGAGGUCAUCAAGUUCCACAUUGAAGUCCAAACCAGAACCAUUGAAUCCUUGAACCAAACAGUGAGCCUCCUGGCAAAAGAGCGAAGCCACCAUCAGCAGCAGAUCCGACUACUGGAGGCUGAAGUGAGGAGACUGAGCAUGAGCAGUAAUAUUGAAGAGGACAGGAUUAAUUUAGUGAUAGACAGAAAAAUUGAAGACUGGAAGAAAGAACUGUCCUCAGGCCUGACCAAAAUACAGGAGCCAGUCCAGCAAAUGGAGAACCAAGUCCAGACAACAGACUCCAGCAACCAUGCUGAAGAACUUGCUGCAGAAAUACAUGAGAGUAAAAAAUUUCUAUGGGAGGAAUGUGAAUCAUUGCGGAAAGAGAUAGAACAAAUUAACCGAAAGCUAACUAUUCAAGAGGAUGAUCUGUUGAGCAGUUUGACAGAUUGCAAAAUACUCAGACAAAAUCAGAAGAAAUAUAAUCAGAUUCUAGAGAGACUAAUACAGAGAUGCAGACAAGUACAAUCACUGGAUCCUGAACAGGAAUUGAAAGACAUUAAAUUAGCAAUGAUUGAUAUGCAGGAGCAGAUUCAGAACCUUUGUUAUUCCAACAAACAAAACAAUACCAUUGCCAGAAUUAAGAGAGGCCAAAGUAUUGAGUGCACCAGGAAAGAGCUGAUGGUGAAACAUAUGUCCAAUGCCUCAGAUUCUGAUACUGACACAUGGUAAAAACCAUCUAAUAACUUCUGAUAUCCACUGCUGGGAAUACCAUCACCCAAUGACCCAGCUGCCUGAACAGCAUCCCAAACAGAUGCAAAAGGCAGACCAGGAACCACAAGCUUUAAUAAAAUUAAUUACAUAAAUCCCAAAGCACUCUUUUAUUCAGUGAGAUGUUAAAGGUUUUCCAAGUUUGCAGGAAGGCAGGGUUAUUUCCAUCAAAAUGUUUGCUCAGGAGAGAGAAAGACAAAGUGCAAGCAGAUUGGGAACCUUUUUUUCCCCUCUCAGUAGCCCCUGGAAAUUCUCGGUAGCACAGCCCAGGGAACUUGUCCAAGUGACAUCCUUUCUGAGGCAAGUAUCACAACAAUUGACAGCCAGUGAACCACAGAGAGAGGAUUACAAUAGACAGCUACCAGCUCGAGACAUGAGCUAGGCAAUUACCAGCAGCAACUUUGCUUUAUUUCCUGAUUACAACACAAUCACCAGCUGAAAGCAGAUCGCACUGCUCCAGCAAGCAGAGGGUACCGCUCCACUGAACUGUGUGGUACACUUCGACAACAACAGCAACCCUCACCCUCAACUCAGUUGAGGCUGCUGUUAUUGUAUUGGUUUUGAUUGCUGAUGAUGAUGUUUGGUACACGAUCAUUUACAAUGGUAGGUAAACCACAGGUAAUACAUGUGCAGAAUACUGUG